AAUUGGAGGCCGUCCGAUUAUUCCAUCUGAUUGAUUCUUCUUCUUCGUAGCCGUGAAAGAAAUCCUAAAGAUUCCAACUUUCUGCAUCAGAGAAGGGUUGUGAAAGAUGACAGACAACGGAGACUCGGCUAGGGUUCCUCCUAGCGAUUCGGCUACAGCGAACGAUGAUGCUUCUCCUCGAACGAGGCCAAGGAGAAAGAGAAAGUGGGAUCAGCCAGCGGAGCAGCUUGUUGCAGCUGGACUUGUGCUUCCUCCUUUAUUACCCAAUGCUUUCAAUCUUCUUCCUCAUCCACUUCCUAAACUUACUAUUCAAGAUGAGCUGACCAUAGCUAGAGAAAUCGUUAUCAACGAUGCUGAGGCUUCUCUUAGGCACAAGCUUACUAAACGCUCCACUCAAGAAGAUAUUCAGAGGUCUACUGGUGCUGUGGUGAUUACUAGGGGCAAGUAUCGUCCUCCAAAUGCACUUCCUGAUGGCGAAAAGCCCUUAUAUCUUCACAUAUCUGCUGCUGCCCAUUUAAAAGAGACUACAGAGCGAGUUUUAGCUGUUGAUCGUGCAGCAGCUAUGAUUGAGGAGAUGACGAAACAGAAAACAAACUCACAGGUCGGGUUGGUUGGUUCUCAGACCGUCAAGAUGCUGAACACAUGCGUUUAUUUGGGUUUUGAAGCUGACCCUUCAUCUAAUUUUGCUGCUCGUAUUCGUGGUCCUAAUGAUCAGUAUAUAAAUCACAUUAUGAAUGAAACAGGAGCAACCGUCGUACUAAGAGGGCGUGGUUCAGGGAGCCUUGAGAACCAACAUAAUGAAGAAGCACAGCAGCCAUUGCAUCUGUUAUUGUCUAGUAGCAAUCCGAAGAGCGUUGACGAUGCAAAACGUUUAGCUGAGAAUCUUAUGGAUACAAUCAGUGUAGAAUUCGGGGCUUCAAGGGUUUCCUCAAGCAAGGUGUAUGGAGCUGUACCACCACCACAGCAACUGCUUGCUGGAGCUCCGAGUCCUGAAAACGCGCAAAAGCCAAAUUUGAGUUCAGCAUAUGGUUUGAUGACAUCGCUACCUAUCAUAUCAACGCCAAAUGCUGUUAAUCAGUUUCCAGUUCCUCCAGCAACAACUCUUUAUCCUCAGUUUCCAGUGUUGCAGCAGCCUCCAGGGAUCUCAAAUAGUGGCCAUUUGCGACCAAGUCCAGUCAGUUACUUACAACCUGUGGCUGGAGGAACUAGCUAUAGUGGGUAUGCAGGAAUAUACCCUCAAGCCACUCCACUGCAACAAGUUGCUCAAGUCCUUAAGCAAUCUGUUUCUCCUGUUAUCUCCACCGUGCCUCCUACUUUGUUGACAGCUGCGUCCUUAUCAAAGCCAAGUGAUAUUUCAAGUCAGGAAAAGGAAAGGCGUCCUCCCCAAAAGAGAAAGUUUCAGGAGCUACCAGCUGAUUGUAAGAUCCCACCAAAAUCCAAAGAGGGUAUUCUUAAUAUUGGAGGCACCAUGUCAUUCUUGCUUUUGGCGAUCAGAAUCAGAACCUUUUAUACGUUUAAAACGUCCUUCAAAAGUCAUGACAUGUCUCCCUUGUGUAUCUGUUCCUAUCAUUUGUUGCAGCAGUCAGAGUUAGCAGUGGGAGGUGAAGCUGCUCCAAAGAAUAUAGUUGAGCCGAGAUCAAAUGGAGUGCCAUCACUGCAUUCGUCACGAUCCUUGAUGCCUCCUCCUCCACCAAAGACAAUCCCACCACCACCUUCUAGGGCUGUGUCGCCUCCAUCAUCGAGAACCAUGCUUCCUCCACCACCGAGAUUUACACCAUCAAAGCAACCUCAAGCUCCAAGAUCACAAGACGACCAAAUCUCUAUAAAGAAACCAAAUCCAGUUCCAGAUACUUUAAUCAAGCUGAUGGAGUAUGGGGAUGAUGAAGACGACGAUGAAGACUAGACAUUGACAGUGUAGUGGUAGAUGAUGCAACCAUCUGAUUUGGCAACAAAAUGCCGCCAAGGCUACGUUUGAAACAUUAGAAUGUUUGGGUCUUGUUUUAUUUUACCUGCAUGGCUUAGGGUCCUGAUAUAAAGUUUUAAGACAUUAGCUACACUUGUCUUGCAAGCUAUUACUAUGGCUGAUUUUGUGAUGCCCUUUUUGUUGUACCUCUUUACCAUUAAUACACACCUUAGAGAAACCUUUCCCAAGUUA